AUAAACGAUCGCGAUACGGACACGGUCGCUGCACUGCCCGGUUGGCCCUUCCUGUAAGAUGAUCGUGUAACUAUUUUAUGGCAACUUAAGCGGUCUUUCUGAAUCCGCGCCUGAUUGACUUCCGUGUUAAUUGUUCAAAACCAGUGAGAAUUCGAGACAACAAAUGUUGGCGAACAGUGCAAUUAACCCAGCGAAGAAUUGCAUCCGGAAUGCAUGCAUUUCUACAGAACGGUUGUGUCGUCUGGCUACAACAAACGGAGUUGGGCAUUCCUCAACAAUGGAUUUGAUUGACCAGGCCAAAAAAGCUGCAGCAUGUGCAGCAGUGAACAACCACGUGAAGGACAAGUGUAGACUGGGUGUAGGAAGUGGUUCUACCAUUGUGUUUGCUGUUGAAAGACUAGCGGAAAGAGUAAGAGAAGAGAAGCUUCAAGUCACAUGUGUACCGACUUCAUUCCAAGCAAAGCAGCUCAUCGUAGAUAAUGGUUUGACCCUGAGUGACCUGGAGAGAACGCCAGAGUUAGAUGUUGCUAUUGAUGGAGCUGAUGAAGUGGAUAGUGCGUUAACGUGUAUCAAAGGAGGAGGAGGCUGCCUGACGCAAGAAAAGAUUGUCGCUGCUAAUGCUGAUACAUUCAUUGUUAUAGCAGACUACAGGAAACAGUCUUCAGACCUAGGUAUCAACUGGACCAAAGGCAUUCCAAUAGAAGUCAUUCCCAUGGCCUAUUGCCCAGUCAUCAAGACUAUCCAGACCAAGUUUGGUGGCUCACCGGAACUCAGGAUGGCCAAAGCCAAAGCAGGACCAGUAGUGACGGACAAUGGCAAUUUUAUCUUGGACUGGAAGUUUGAUAGAAAGCCUGAAAGCUGGGAUUCAGUCAACAGGGACCUUAUGAUGAUUCCAGGUGUCGUGGAUACAGGGUUGUUCAUCAACAUGGCCAAGAGGGCGUACUUUGGGAUGGCUGAUGGGGGUGUUCAGAUUCAAGAUCCUUGAUCUCAGGGAGCCAUUCACAUUUGAGGCUGUACAUCUUGCAUACUUUAAGGAGAAGGAUUCCAUUUUGACCGGCUCCUCCUUUUUGAGCUAAUGUCUAAAUUACGUUUUCCAUAAGAAGUAAUUUUGAACGAUUUCAAACAAUAUUCCUUUACAAGAAUAUUCCAGCGUAAUGUUUUUUGUGCCUUUGUUGUCCAACCAUAUCAAAGAUACCCAGGAGCAGUGGUUCCCAGAAAAGCAAAUGGAGAAUGCCUGUUCAAUCCUAUAUUGCGCUACCGGCUAGACUAAACUUCUUUUGAUAUAUUAUUAUUACACAAUUGGAUGGGGAAAAUGUGAAUUGGUUAUAUAAUUUUUUCGAGUAACAAUUCUAAUUGGCUACUGGAACCCAAUGGUCCCUGGACUAAAGAUCAUAGGAUUUUAUGGGAAUUAUAGCAUUCAGUAGUCGACAGGUUAACCCAUUGUCUACUGGAACCGACUGAUCUCUGUACAAAGUCUAUGGGAAUUACAGAAUUCAGUAGUGAGUAGGUUAACCCAUUGUCUAUUGGAACCCGAUGGUCCCUGUACAUAUUCUACAGGAAUUAUAGAAUUCAGUAAUCAACAGGUUCACUGUCAUUGAGUGUGCUGGGUUGAUCCAGGAGCUGAUCUAGCUACGGUUUGGCGUCUUUAAUGCUGUUAGUUUUCACUGUUUUCCCUGAUUGGGAUUAAUUUGAGUCUUCCCAGUGUCUUCUCAAACCAAUUAGAGAACUUUCAGCACAAAUUACCCAUUCAUGAUGGAUGGUUCUUUGACUGAAUUUCUCAUACUCGCAGUUUCUUCUGCAUAGGGUAUUUUGUAAAAGUUGAACUAAAGAUAUGUUGCACAAAGAAUUAUGAUCAAUUCUAGGUAGUCUUGACUGUUUGCUAUACAUGUAAAGAAAGUAGCGUGAAUCUCUACAAACUUUAAAUGUUCAAGGGAGAGAAAGACAUGGCUGAAAGGAUUCUCUAUCAAAUCAUGCUCUUGCAUUUGGCAUGGUUUAAUGACUAUUUUACGAGGUAGAGAGCUAGGCUGGUUUUCUAUUAAGAGUAUUGAUUAAGUAAGUGUUUUAUUUAGCAUUUUUACUUUGCUAAGCAAAAUACUUGUAUUCAGGUCCCAAUUUUUUUUCUUUAUUUUGCCAAAUGUAAGCAAAAUACGUACUAAUAACCAUUUUGACGUCAUAAAGUUUAUGCCAAAUAAUGCGCAAAGCCAGGGUAUGUAUCCAUCUGCGCUUCAUAUGCACGUUUGUAAACCGCACACAAGCCAGACUUAAGCUAGGUAGGCGGCUGACAUAGAUUUAAGCAAAUUUUAUACUUAGCCCCAAAAAUUGGGGUAUUGCAGCAAGGUCAUCCGGUACACCAUGCUGAGUCUGCUUACAGUGCGUCUUGAAGACAGGCUCGGCCACUUCAGCUUGGUGAGCAUGCUGGUUACUCUGCUAGUUUCUUAAGAAAGGGUCACUAGACGUUUUUAAAUUUGCUCCUAACUUGCGAAUAGCUUUAUGAAACACCCACCAGAACAAUCAGUGAAACAAACCCAACAACAUGAAAGGAUAAAUUUAAUGAAUUGAACUACAUUGCUAGGCUCUUCUAUCAAUAAUAUCAUUGUGGCAGAGUGCCUGGCACUUUCUCCCAAAUCGCAACACCUAUUGGGUGUUUCACAAAGAUUUAAGUAUAACUUAAAUCUCAUUUAAAUGCCGACGCGUACAUGAUAUGCAACGCGCGAUCUUAUUGAUAGAUACGCAGUAGUGCACGUCCUCAUGACACGAUCUGACCAAUGCGGUCAAGCCAUUCAUACCGUAUGCAACUUGGUAUUUAAGUGCGACUCUAAGUCAUACCUAAAUCUUUGUGAAACACCCCCCUGAUAUUGAUAAAAUGUCCUUUUUUUUUCAUCAGGAUACUAUAAUAGAGUAUCCAUAGUAGUACCCCCAAGUUUUAUUCUUUGCUAAAUCCACAUCUGUUGUUUUUAUUGCAUAAUGAUCAUAAUUAUGAUGGCAUAUUUUCCAUUCAAUUAUAUAUUUUUUCAUACUUAUUAGAGAGUAUAAACCCAAAGUAUUCAAUUUCUAAAAUUGCACUUACAUGUAUGCUGGGAAGAGGGAUUCAAACGUUUUAGCUUGAUCUGUGGUUUCUCCAAUGUAUUCAAAGGCUGAAUUCAUCUCUUUGAAUAAUACUUCUAUAUACUUGGCUUAUUUAUUUUUAGGUUAAUUAAUUUUAUGUGUAUACUCAAUAAUUUCAUAAUACAUAUCCAUUUUAUGUUAUUAUUAGUCAAGCAUUAAGUUGUAUGUAACAACGUUUUGAAAAACCACCCUAUAAGUUUACCUUCAUGCGAACGUAUUAUUAUUAGUUGUUUGGCGCCACUUGUACCUGGAAGGCGAAAAGUGAACUGAAUCACUAUGACCCGCAGGUCUCUCCUCCCAAUAUAACUGAUUGGGGGAGUGCAGGUGGACCACUACAUGUACACCGGGGUUUCCCCUACUCUUAUACGAAUAGUGCAGUGGGUUCUUAACGUGCAAAGGUGGUGAGUCUCCUCUACAUGGAGUCUCCAUUUUCCAUCCUAUCUGAGGGACAUAUCAUGAAAGCAUGAUUAGUGAGAAAUAACAUUGAAUUUCAUCCCACGAUUUGUGAAAUAAUAUUGACACAGAUGUCAUGUUCAUUGUUAACUUGAAUUGGGGUGUCUUUGGACCAGGGGUGGAUCCAAGACAUCUGAAAAAAGGGGAAAUUUUAUCCAACAAAAUUUGACAAGCAAAAGAUUUGAAAAAAAAGUAAUAAGGUCUUCACUCUCAUAUGCAAGAUAUACAUAAUUUUUAACAGAAAAGAUUUUUAUGCCUUUUUGUGGGGGGGGGGGUGGCACUGGCCAGAUGUGCCUCUAAUUGGAUCCGCCUCUGCUUUGGACUAUAAUCUGUCAUUGUACCUAUCACAAUUACAUUGUCAUGCCCUGGUGGCUAUACUUUUAUGAUACAUGUAUUUACUUCAACAUUCCACUCAAGUUUUUUUAGCAAAAUGAAAAAUUCAUUGUAAUUAGGCUCGCCAUUUUACGGAAACAUACUAAUAGUUGUUUUUGCUUGUUUAGAAAUGGAAAUCUGAAAGCUCGAAAUCUGAUGCUCUUAAAGAUUGUUUUAUGAAGACAUAAUUUCAAAAGACAUCAUUUCUUAUGUCGUGACUUGAUUUACAACCAAACAGUAUUGUGCACUUGGGAUUUGCAUAUAGUCAGUGGUUUGCAUCUCAAACAAUUUUGAGGACAGAAUUUAUGGCAAUGGUGGCAAUCUCAUAUUUUCUGAAAACAUCCUUAAACCCGUAGGGAACUGUUUUUCAGGCAAAAGAAGGUUGCCCCUUAUGUCAUAAAUUUAUAUAGAAUUAUUCUGAGCUUUCCUCAACUUUUUUGCAUUUUCAGAUGCAAAGAUUGAACAACCCACAUUGUGAUUUUUUUAGUAUGGUUAUCACUUAUGCAACUCUGUCCACAAUGACUCCCUGUAGUUGAAAUAAAUAUGUUGUUUUUUUUAAUUGGUAAAUGAUUUGUAAUAAAUUAUGUAUUUUGUGAUUUACCUCGCAAAUGUGGGAAAGAUGAUAAUGAUAUGGAGCUAUUAUAUAGCGCUUAAUAGUAAGUUCCUAGGGCACUUUACAACUUAAAUUGUAAGUAAAUAAAACAGUAAUUAGUAACAAAUUGAAUUACAAUAAUAACUUUUCUAUAAAGUAUGAUACAAAAUACUAUUAGAAGAGUAAAAUAUUAAGCAGUAAUUAAAUAUCUAAUCAUAUAACAACAUAUUCAUAUAAUGAAAUGGCAGGAUGAGACUGGUCAUUGCUACAGCUUACUUGUUUUCCUAAUGUUGGUUGAAAAUACAUUCACUAUGUAUAAACCAUUAUUUUCUCAAUACGAAGUUGUUAGAUAAAAUGCAUAAAAUGCCACUACUCUGACAUAAGUAUGAAGUCCUACACUGUAAAACUUUUGGUGUUCAAAACAACACUAGUAAGUGUUCUGGGAUGACCACACCAUCAGGUGUUAAAAAUACACCAUUAAGUUUGAAUAUAACAGCAAACUUACACAUAAGGUGUUCUUGUAACACACAUGGGUGUUAAACUAUUUACACUGGUGUAAAACGCUUGGUUUCAUCCUCUCAGUCGUUUUAAUACAAAAGUUUUUUCAGUAUACCUUUUCAACAUUUGUCUUUUUUUUUUUGGGGGGGGCCUUGGAAAAUACCUUUAUUGUAUACAAAAGGGCCUGAAUUUUAGAUUGCUUUCCUACAUUAUCAUCAAACCUAAGUAUAAUUUUGAGUACUACUGUGGUUUGUAAUUCUAAUUAUACAUUCAAUUUUAGUUUCACAAAUCAUUUAUGUUCCCUGCAAAAACUUUGGUGUUAAUAUAAGACCAGCCUGGUAUUUGUAUAUAUUCACUCCAAAGCAAUGUUGAAUCAAUACUAGUUGGAUUCUGAGCAAACCUUCUGUGAGUGUUUUGAGAUAAAUGCCAUUUGUGGUCACGAUUUCAAAAUGAGUUUGUACAAAAUCCAAUCAAAUGACCACCCAAGUGUCUCUGUUUGUAUGAAUAAAAAAUAUAUGCCAAAGGAUUAUUGAAGAAAUUUUGUACUUGCUGAGAAAUAAGCAAAAUAAGUAGGACAUCUCAUCAAAUUGUCUUUUCCCCAGCAGUGAUAAUACAACUGUCUGGCAUGCACUUAUCUUUGUAAGCGAUCUUCAAUGUGAUCGUUCUUCGGCUUAGAUUAUGAAAUAUACAUGUACACAUUUGUAACUCAUAAUUUAUGUAUAUUUUGUUUCUUGAGAAUAAAAGUACAAUAAAAACCUUUUCUAAAAAGAAUUGAUACAAGUCAA